GCCCAGAUCCUGGUGCCCAGGGCGUCCCGGGGGCGGUCCGGCCCGGCGAUGGCACAUAAAACCGCUGGCCACCUGCCGGGCCGCUCCUCCGUGCGCUGCGGUCCGGGGCCCGCCGUGCCGCUGCGGCCCGCGUCCGCGGAGUCGCUGCCUCCGUCACCUCCGUCCCCGCCUCGGUCCCUCCACAGGCGCGGAGCCCCGCGAGCACGGCGCCGGCGCCGGGGCGCGCAGACAUGGGCAGCCACUCUAGAGCGCGCCGGGUGGCCGCGGCGCUGGGCUUCGCCGGGCUGCUGUGCGCCGUGCUGGGCGUCAUCAUGAUCGUGAUGGUGCCCUCGAUCAUCAAGCAGCAGGUCCUCAAGAAUGUGCGCAUCGACCCCAGCAGCCUGUCCUUCAACAUGUGGAAGGAGAUCCCCGUCCCCUUCUACCUCUCUGUCUACUUUUUCGAUGUCGUCAACCCCAAGGAGAUCCUCCAAGGCCAGAAGCCGCGGGUGCAGGAGCGCGGACCCUACGUGUACAGGGAGUUCAGACACAAGAGCAACAUCACCUUCAAUGACAAUGACACGGUGUCCUUCCUCGAGUACCGCAGCUUCCAGUUCCAGCCUGACAAGUCCCGCGGCCUAGAGAGCGACAGUAUCGUCAUGCCUAACAUCCUGGUCUUGAGUGCAGCAAUGAUGAUGGAGAAUGGGCCCAUGAGCCUGAAGCUGAUCAUGACCUUGGCGUUCAGCACCCUUGGUGAACGGGCCUUCAUGAACCGCACUGUCAGCGAGAUCAUGUGGGGCUAUGAGGAUCCCCUCAUCCACAUCAUCAAUAAGUACUUCCCAAACACGUUCCCCUUCAAGGGCAAGUUCGGGUUAUUUGCUGAGCUCAACAACUCUGAUUCCGGGCUCUUCACUGUGUUCACGGGGGUCAAAAACUUCAGCAGGAUCCAUCUCGUGGACAAGUGGAACGGGAUCAGCAAGGUCAACUUCUGGCAUUCCGAUCAGUGCAACAUGAUUAAUGGGACUUCCGGGCAGAUGUGGGCACCAUUUAUGACUCCUGAAUCCUCGCUGGAAUUCUACAGCCCCGAGGCCUGCCGAUCCAUGAAGCUCAUCUACAAGGAGCAGGGGGUGUUCGAAGGCAUCCCCACCUUUCGCUUCGUGGCUCCCAACACCUUAUUUGCCAACGGGUCCAUCUACCCGCCCAACGAGGGCUUCUGCCCGUGCCGGGAGUCCGGAAUUCAGAAUGUCAGCACCUGCAGGUUCAACGCACCCUUAUUUCUCUCCCAUCCUCACUUCUACAACGCUGACCCAGUCCUGGCAGAGGCAGUGUCUGGCCUCCACCCUAACCCAGAAGAGCAUUCCUUGUUCCUGGACAUCCACCCGGUCACCGGAAUCCCCAUGAACUGCUCUGUGAAACUGCAACUGAGCCUCUACAUCAAGUCUGUGAAAGGCGUCGGACAAACUGGGAAGAUCGAGCCGGUGAUCCUGCCACUGAUGUGGUUUGGAGAGAGCGGGGCAAUGGAGGGUGAGACCCUUCAGACGUUCUACACGCAGCUGGUGUUGAUGCCCAGGGUGCUGCAUUAUGGCCAGUACGUGCUCCUUGCCCUGGGCUGCGUCCUGCUGUUCAUCCCCAUCGUCUACCAAAUCCGGAGCCAAGUACCCGCCAAAGUGAGACUCUCGCACGUGGGCCCUGAGUGCCGGGUGCCAGAACGUGCACGGCAGCUCUGCUCGCUGUGGCAAAACCUGGGACCAAACCCAAUACUCACUGGCAGGAAGAUGGACAACUACGUCGUGCUAUGUUCACACCGUGGGGUAUCACACAGCAGUGAAAAUGAAAAAGCAGCAGCUCCAGGCCCACGCAGGGUGAACCUUAGUAAGAGAGUGUACGGCAGAAUUUCUCAGCUUUGACGCUGUUGACAUUUUUCUCAUUAUUAUUAUUAUUAUUUUCUUUUCGGCCGUGCGGCAUGCGGGAUCUUAGCUCCCCAACCAGGGAUUGAACCUGCGCCCCCUGCAGUGGAGGUGCAGAGUCUUAACCACCGGACUGCCGGGGAAGUCCCUCAUUAUUGUUUUUGAUAGCGAUUGUAUUGAGAUGUAAUUCACAUACGACGCAACCCACCCACUUAAAUCGUACAAUUCGAUGGGUUUUAGUCUAUUCACAGAGCUGUGCAACUAUCACCAGAGUCGGUUUUAGAACAUUUGCAUCAUCCCUGAGAGGAAGCCCCCUCCCUAUCAUCAGUCACUCCCCUUUCCCUUGUCCCCCGCUCCUGGAGACCACCAAUCUACUUUUUCUCUCCGCGGAUUUGUCCGUUCUGGCCAUUUCCCAUAAAUGGAAUCAUACGGUCGGUGGCCUUCUGUGCCUUCCUUCGCCCAGCAUCACGUCUUCGAGGUUCACCCACAGCGUGGCAGGCGUCGGAGCUCCAUUACUCUGUACGGCUGAAUCAUACCCCCUCGUCGGGAUGGACCAUAUCCUAUUUAUUCAUCUAUCCACGGACAGCUGGGUCGCUGCCACUCUUCGACUAUUGAGGAGAAAGCUGUGAUGAACACUUGGGCACAGAUUUUGGAGUGGACAGCUGUCUUGAUUCCUCUUGGGACUGUUGACAUUUGGGGCAGGACCAUUCUGUCUCAGGGAGCUUCCUGGCUGUGGUAGGAUGUCUUAGCAGCAUCACCUGCAGCCGACCCGCUAGAUGCCAGUAACACAUCCUUCCCAACGAGUCGUGAUAAGAAGAAUGUCUCAAGACGUUGACCAACGCCCCCUGGAGGCAAACUUGCCCCCGGCAGAAAAAUCCCUGGGGUCGAGUGACAAAACCGAGCCACAGAAGACCACCUAUAACGUGACACCCUUGUCGUGACGUUUGCAAACGACUAAGACGCCACACCAUAUUAUUUAGGGCCGUGGUUCUCAAAGUGCCGUCCUCAGAGCAGCAACAUUAGCGUCCCCUGGAAAUGUGUUAGAGAUGCAGAUUCUUGGGCCCUGCUCCAGACCUGCAGAAUCAGACACUCUGGGGGUGGGGCCUGGAAUCUGCUUUCAGAGCCCUCUGGGUGAUUCCGAACACACUCAAGCCUGAGGACCCCUGGUGCGGGCACACGCACCCACAGACGCGACCACUGGCCUUGAUCCAAAGAAGCAAGGGAAUGGGGACUUCCCUGGCGGUCCGGUGGUUAAGCUUCCACGCUUCCAAUGCGGGAGGCGUGGGUUCGGUCCCCGGCUGGGGAACUAAGAUCCCACAAGCUGCGCGAUGCGGGGAAAACACAAAGUAAAUUCAAGGCAAUGACGAACACAAAUGCAGGAUUGUGUGCCUGGCCUGGAGUGAGGACAAAAUAAACGCUUAUUAAAUCAAGGUAUGGUGCUCACUCCUAGGGAGAGGUGAGGGAACACCUGGGUGCCUGAAGGAGUCGUAGCCUUGUUCUUGCAUUCGGGAGUGAUUCUCACGAGUGUCCACUAUACUGUGGAACAAUAAAUUAAAUGGUACAGAAAGUAAUAAAGAAAUAGACAAACCUAUCAAAUGAAAACAGGCCAGGUACCCACCAACAAUGGCAGUGAGUCAGGAGAUUAUGAUUCACCCAGUUUUGUGCACCUGAGGUCAUUCAGAACUAACGCCGGCUAUUACUGCUACAUCCAAGUCUAUUCAUCCAAAGGGGAGGAGGGGGUCUUGAUGAGUCCCGCAAAUAAGCCCUGGCUUCUGUUGCCUGUUGGUUAUCCCUCCCCCCUUUUUUCAGACAUCCCUUGGCCCUAGGAAUUAGGAGUAUCGGCUGUGAUUUAUUGAGCCGUUACUGUGUGCCAAGUCUAUAUUAGCUUAAGCCCUCCCAGUCACGCUGGUGGGCACGGUGUCCCAUUUUACAGACGAGGACACCGAGUCUCAGAGAUUAAGUGAUUUGCCUGAGGUGUUCAGUGGCUUGGGAAUGGAGCCAGACCUCAGUGCAGGUCUGUCUAUGGCUGGACAUUCAGGGGCUGGGGCAGGGUCACUCUGAACAUCCAGGCCAAGGCCUUGCUGGGAUUUCCUCCAGCAAAAGCCAAGUUCAAGAUGUCUUGGUUUCCUCAUAAAUGGCCCUAAUCCUGUCUGUUAAAGGCUUGGCUGACUUGGACUGUUUUCCUUGAAGUCCCCCAAAGAUGACAAGGCCCAGAGAGGUGAAGAUAUUGCCCAAGAUCCCCAGCAGAGGCAGGAUUCAAACCUGGCUCACCUCCUCCAGGAAGCCCUCCAUACCUGCUGCAUUCCCUCAACUCCUACAGAACUUGGGGGCCUGGGGAUGCAUCCCCAGAGCCUGUUUGUCUUCAGACCCAACUCAGUUGGUUAGAGCAGAGCCCAAACCUUGCAGUUCUUUUUAUGUCCCUUCUCUUACCUCCGUGCUUUUCUCCCAUUGGCCUAGGAUGGGCACACGCCAGACACCCAGUAGGUCCUCUGGAUGUGAGCGUUCAGAACCAGAAGGCGACCCCGGGGCUCACACAGAGGACCCUCUCUGAGCAUUUGCCCUUUACUCCCCCCCCCCUCAAAGUGGUCUGAGGCAAAGACAUUCAAGUCUGCAAACUAAACGGAAACAGGGAAGUGCCAGCUCCCUAAACAGUAAAUCCAACGUUCACCAGCUGUUACCAAACACUACAUGCCCGGCACCCUGCCUGGAUGAACACAUUCAAGACAACCUAGGCGGGGCUGGGUGGGGGAGGGAUAAAUUGGGAGACUGGGAUUGAC